AUGGCUUCGUUGGAGGAACACUGCUAUGUCUUGGUUUUUGCGAACUUCCCUGGGAUGCUAUUCGUUGAGGAGUGGCUUCGUCGGAGGACUGGAGAGGGUCAGAGAGUUUUUAACCCAGAGGUGCUUGAUCUGACUGAAGAUGAUCUUAUGGACAAGUUUGCUAUUGGAGUUUCCAUGGUUACUGCCCUGUCACUGACCAUCUCGUAUCCAACACUUGCAGCAACCUCAAUCCAUACCAGUUCAACCAGUCCAUACCGAUCCUCUUUUCUGUUGAUCUGCCCUUGA